AACACUAAAUUUGAAAAAAUAAAAUUAGGUGGUUUAAGCUUGACCCAUCUACACCUUUCUUAUAAUAAUAUAAAGCAGGAUCUGAAUGAUAUUUCAUUUAGUAAAACCCUAAAACAUAUUAAUCUAUCACACAACAAUUUUUAUGGUUGUAUUGAGGUAUUUAAUACUAUUCAUGAUUUGAGAAUAUUAGAUCUUUCGUACAAUUAUGAAGUAUCUAGUUGUAUGCCACAGUUCCAUCUAGGCCCUAAAUUAUCAAUUUUAAAUCUUUCGUAUAUUGAUUUAAAUGGUAACAUUCCAAGCUUUAGUGACAACACUAAAUUAAUAGCCUUGGAUCUUUCAAACAACAAUCUAUCGGGUGCUAUUCCAGAUUUUAGUAAAAAUCAUAAGCUGAAAAUCCUAGAUCUUUCAGACAACUAUCUAUCUGGUGGUAUUCCAGAUUUUAGUAAAAACCAUAAUCUGAGAAAAUUACAACUUUCAUAUAAUAAUUUGGUUGGUAAUAUUCCAAGCUUUAGUAAUAAUAUUGAUUUAACGCUAUUAGGUGUUUCAGACAAUAAGCUAUCGGGCACUAUUCCAGAUUUUAGUAAAAAUCGUAAGCUGAGAAACUUACAUCUUUCAUCUAAUAAUUUAACUGGCAACAUUCCAAACUUUAUUAAUAACAUCGGUUUAACGAAACUGUAUCUUUCAAAUAACAGUUUGUCAGGUAUUAUUCCAGAUUUUAGUAAGAAUUAUAUGCUAAAAAGAUUAGACCUUUCAUAUAACAAUUUAACUGGCAAUAUUCCAAGCUUUAGUAGUAAUACUAAAUUAGUGGUUUUGCAUCUUUCAAACAACAACCUAUCGGGUGCUGUUCCAGAUUUUAGCAAAAAUCAGAAGCUGACAGAAUUAGACAUUUCUUAUAAUCGCUUAUCAGGUGAUCUUCCGAGUUUUAGUAAUAAUCGAAGAUUGCUUUUGUUAUCUCUGCACAACAAUAGCAAUUUUACCUAUAAUUGUCCUAAUAAUAAACAGUUAAUUGGUCCAAAACGGAAUAAAAAAUUAGAAAAUUGUCAAUUGGGUCAAAUCACGUUCUCUGAAGGUUGUGAGUUUAGUAGUAUGCUUUUAAGGAACUGUGAAAUUGAGGUUAUAUCAAAUGCAAAGUCUAUAUAUUACGCCAGUAUAGUUCAAGUAUCAGUUGUGCUACCUGUGUUGCUGUUUAUAUGA